AUGGGUGGAAAGGCAGCAGCUAACAGUAUCCUUACAUGGGAAGAUUUGUCGACUAAAUUCUUUGCCGAGUUCUUUUCUAUGGAAAGAUUCCAGGAACUUAUCAGAAAAUGUCUGCACUAUAAGGGAGACGAUGAUAGAAAGGUGGCGAUUUUCUUUAAUGGCAUCACUCCUGAAACAAGGUUGGUGCUUAAUAGUGUAGCGGGAGGUUCUAUUAGGCAGUGUACGUCUGAGCAAGCUCUUGAUUUAAUAAAGAAAUUGGACAGAAAUGAGAAUGAGAGCUUACCGGUUCAAGCAAGAGGAGCAGUGAUAAAGUUGGAGGGUAAUGAUGCUAUGCUUGUUGAACAAAAGCUGUUGUCCAAGAAGUUUGAUAGCCUCAAUGAAAAGUUUGAGAAACUGCAAGUGUCCAAGGUUCAAUCAACUUCUGUGGUCUGUGAAUAUUGUGGAGAAGCUCAUGAGUCUAAUGAAUGCCCUACUCUAAUGGGUGCUAGUCCACAGCAGGUGCAAGUGAAUGGGGUUUGGUAUGAACAGAAGUCCCAACAAAUUUUCAAAGAAACCAGAACUUUGCUUCUGAGAGCAACUUUCAGAGGAGAGGUCAAGGAGGCUAGAGCACACAACAAGAAUCAGGAUGCUUCUAUCAGGAACCUGGAGGUUCAAAUUGGUCAAUUGUCCAAGCAAGUUUCUGAGAGACUUCCAGGAACAUUUCCUAGUGACACUAUUAUGAAUUCCAAGGAGAAUUGUAAGACUAUAAUGACCAUAAGUGGUAAAGUGCUUCCAUCUCCUGAGGUUGAGGAGAAGCUUGAUGAGGCGACUGUGAUUAUUAAGAAGAAGCAUAAGAUGAGUCCUGGUUAUGUGAGAGUUAUGGCACCUUAUCCUGAAAGAUUCAAGCAAGAUGCCCAGAAGCAGCAAUAUGCCAGGUUUCUUGAUAUUUUCAAAAAGUUGCACAGUAAUAUCCCAUUUGCUGAGGCUUUGGCUAAUAUGCCUAAUUAUUCCAUGUUUAUGAAAGACCUUUUAUCAAGAAAACACAAGUCGCAAGAAUGCCAGACUGUGACACUUACUGAGGAGUGUAGUGCAAUAAUACAGAAAAAGUUUCCUCAAAAGCUUCGUGAUCCAGGGAGUUUCAAUAUUUCAAUUGCUAUUGGUAACACUAAUGUUGGCAGAGCUUUGUGUGAUCUUAGGGCAAGUAAAAAUUUGAUGCCCUUGUCUGUGUGUAAAUCUUUGGAGAUCUCUGAGCUUAAGCCUACUAUGGUUUCCUUGCAACUUGCUGACAGAUCUCUGAGGAAACCCAAUGGUAUAAUUGAAGAUGUACUUGUGAAAGUGGACAAACUUGAUGUUUUAGAAGAAGUGGUGAAAGAAGAGAAAUCUCCUAGUCAGGAGCUUGAGGAAGAACUAGAGGCGCGUGAUAUUGUUUCUUUUGAGGAGGAAAAAGAUGUUAUGUUUGAGGUUCCCGAGAAGAAAGAUUCUGACAAAAAAGAUGGUGCCCCAAAAAUAGAGUUAAAGGAGCUGCCUGAAACUCUUAAAUACAUUUUUAUUUGGUGA